AUGAUAAAACCCCCGAAGGUCAGAGUACGCACCGGUUCGUGGACAGAGUGCCGCGACGAGGUAGUCAGGCUGGUCGAGAAGCAGAACUUCCCGAACCGGAUCGAUUUUUUGGUGCCGAAAAACGUGUUUGUGAGCAAAAACAUCGAGGCCAGACUCGCAGAUCUGGAGUACGACUACGGCAUUGUAGACUGCUCGCUGCACACAAUACUGCAGAGCUUUCUGAAACAGGCCUCGGAAAUUGACAUAGAAAAUAUCCAGCUCGUCUCUGUUGGCCAGCACGCUGAGCAUGAGGACACUGUUUCUCUGAUAAGAGGCAUUUUGACGCUUCGCCUGACCGCAGAAUCCUACUACAGGUCUGGACUGAAAGGCGUUCGCUCGGUCCUUUCCCAAGGAAAUAAAAACACCAGACAGCAGUUGUUUGUGGUGCAGCUCGAUCUGAGCCAGCUGGCGACGGAAGACAGAAAUUCGCUUCGACUCUUUUGGUUUGCGGAAAAAUACCAGAAACCGCUCCGCUUCGCGGUGGUUGGAGAGUUGCGGGUCGACGGGCUGCGUAGGGUCGUUGUCCAGCCGACUGUAAGUAGACUGGGCCGGCUGUGCACGCCCAGCCUGGUUCCGCUGGACGACGAGGAGUGGCUAUCCACGACGCUCGAAUGGCUAGCAUACGCGUCCGUCAACGGUCCGCAACUCUCGCCGUUCGACAGAACCGACGCCAACGUCUCGAUAUACCGCGAAACUGUGGACCUAUGCAAUGAGGAGGAAAUGUACAGAGUGUCUGUGAACGGGCUGGUGUCUACGUCUACGGCGGAGCAGCUGCUGCAACUGAUCGCCACCAGCUGGAUAGCCAUGCUGAAAUACGGCGUACAGGACUCCAACGUGGGUUUUGGCCGGGCCGAACACGUUCCAGGGCCAAACGUUCAGGCGCUGCUGAAAAAUGGCGACACGUUUGCUCUGUGGCAUCAGUCGCGUUGA